AAAUGUCAUAGCAUAUUAUGACUUUUUUGUGAUGUUUAUUUUCGCACGGUUUUUGCAUAUUUCAUAAAUUUCAUUCAAAUCUAUUCAUGAUGAAAUGCAACGAAUUUGAAAAAAGUAAACCUCGCCAUCACAUGAAUCUGGAUAAUUUGGAUAAAGCAUUACACGAUUUGGGAAUGUUGAGUGCAAUAACUGAAGCGCGACGUGAUUAUUUACGAGAAUCUAAAACUAAUCUGGGCGUAAUGAGGCUGAACACGCGGUACGUUUCCAACGUCACAGUGGGGUAUUGUAUGAAAAGAAGCACAAAUAAAAACAGACUGUGCCCUUACGUGCUGCCCGUAAGGCAUAGGACUAAGAGUGAAAACUCGGAUGCCAUCAGUUCUGAGGCUAACGAUAGCAACUGUGACUUUAAAUAUAACUUAUUAGAGCCAUCAACCAGUACCUGCAUUAGAGAAAACUUCGACGUCAAGAGCCCUGCCAAGCGAUGUCAAUCACUCGAGAACCUCAAUCUUAAUUUAGAAUCCCCACCAAAGGCAGAAACUUCGCCUGAUAUGGAUUGUGUGUCGACCAGAAUUCAGAAAUUACAAGUUGACGAAUGACAAUCAAAUUAACAACAUCAACCUGUGUAAACGUACCCAUGAAUAAUAAUUGUGCAUUGAAACUGUGUAGUUAAUAUCAGAUUUGAGUGAUCGAUGAACUCAGAAUGUAUUUUUCUGUGUAUGAAUAUGUAUGAUAGAAUGAAGGAACUUAGAAGAUACUGAUUAUAAAUGUUCCUAGGACUUAAUUUAAAUUAAUUUUGCAUGUUUCUCCUGCCUGUUAUUUACCAAUAGAUAUUUGUUAGUUAAAAUCAUAAGCAUCUUUGCUCAACAGAUAUAGAAACCAUUGGAUAUAAUAAUUAUUUAAUAUCAUUGUUUAGUUUUCAUGGUUUAGUUAUCGCUUUGGUGCAUAUUAGUUUCUUCAUACAUUUCAUCUAGAAAUAGAAAUUUAGGUCAAUGUGCGUUAAACAAUUCUAUGAAUACAAGAAAAUUUUAAAAUAUUAAUUGUAUUGUAUGCACCUAACAUUAAUAUUCAUUAAAUUGUCUGAAAGUGUAGAAUUGAUGGUUACCUUUAGUGUAGAGUGCUUGUUGAGAACAAUUUUAAUUUUGUUUUCUCUAAAUCACAGAUGUAUAAUUUACUGGCUUCCAAUGUGUGUGUUUGAAUUUAUUUAUAUUAUGUUUUAAAGUAGUUUAAUAAAAAAGUAAUUGUGAUUAGUUAAACAACAAAGGUUGUUUUAAUAAGUUUUUACUAGAGAUCUCAUAACAUCACAGCAUAGUGGUGAAUAUUUUGAAUUUAGUGUGUUAAUUCUUGAAACAAAAUAAAACAAUUAUUUAUCACUCUGUUUCGCUUUUGUGACUUAGGAAUGGCUAAUACAUGUUUGUUAACAUAUUUUGUUAUUUUUUUUUUCUUAUUUAAUAAACAAUAUUUGAAAUAAAUAUUGCCUUGAAAUAUUUAGU